CGGCUGUUCAUUUCUCACUCCUAACAGAAAUUUUACCCUUAAUAAACAGCAGAAAAAAUCGAGAGGUGAGGUGAAGGAGAGAGCUUUUUGACAGAACAAGUGUGAUGGGAGAGAGCAGAAGUGCUGGAGGGUAACUCAGUAAAGCAGAAAUAUGGCUUUGGUCAGUAUUGGACUACAGCUGCAGCUCCUGAUCUUUUCUAUUUCAGCCUUCUCACAUAACUAUUUGGAUAACAGUCUCUCUAUUCCUACUGCAGUGGCGCCAGAGGAGGUCCUGAACAGAUUUGACCCAUGUUGCCUACAGACACCACCUCCUCCACCCCUGUUCCCACCCCCUCCCAGUGUAUGGAGACGCCAUGAGUUCCCAGAAUCUGUUGUGGCUGAACGAGGUGAAGGACAAGAUGAAGACCAAAAGAUAAACUGUCCUCCAGGACCUCCAGGACCACCUGGACCUCCUGGUUCACAGGGUCUUCCAGGAGUGAAGGGUCCUAAGGGAGAUAAGGGUGAUAUUGGUCGACCAGGAUCAAAGGGUCGCACUGGUCGACCUGGUUAUCCUGGAAAGCCGGGACCUGGAGGAUUGCCUGGGCCUGAGGGACCCAAAGGGCAUAAAGGAGAUGUUGGAUUGAUGGGAAUGCCUGGGCCGAGAGGACCGCCAGGAAUUAAGCAGGGCCUGACAGGAUACAAAGGAGAGAAGGGUUCACAUGGGGAACCAGGACUUCCAGCUCUGAAGGGAGAAAAGGGAAUAGAUGGACAUUCUGGGUAUCUGGGACCGAAGGGUGAAAUGGGACCAAAGGGUGAGCGUGGCGUGUCAGGAAAGCGGGGUCCUACAGGACGGCCUGGCAAAAGAGGCAAGCAGGGACCUAAAGGAGAGACUGGUACAAUAGGACUCAUGGGGCCGCCUGGCCCUCCGGGGCCCACUGGACACCCAGGACCUCCUGGAGUUCCUGCUUCAGGUCUGUAUCUGGUGGGAGAGAAGGGUGAAAAGGGGAUGCAAGGUCCCCCUGGAGAGUGUGACUGCAAUGCAUUUGAUACGAAUGGCCCCAGUAGUGCUGCUCUACAACGUCGGGAUAAAAAUAGAGUUUCAGCGAUAUUUGUGGUGAGCAGUGAAAAGGAACUGAGCAACCUCCAUAUGGACAACGCUAUCGCCUUCCGCAAGGAUCAGAAAUCUCUUUACUUUAAAGAUGCAGAUGGAUGGCAACCCAUUCAGCUGCUGCCACUUAAGGUGAAAGAGAGGGGGACAAGAGAAGCAGGACUGUGUGGGGAUGGAGUGCUGCAGCCUCUGAACAAAGAGGAGUGUGAUGAUGGCAACCUAGUGGUAACAGAUGACUGUGUGGGUUGUAAGAAGGCUUAUUGUGGAGAUGGAUAUCGACAUGACAGAGUUGAAGAGUGUGAUGGGAAGGACUUUGGCUAUCAGACCUGCAAGUCAUAUUUGCCAGGGACAUUUGGGCAGCUCAGGUGCACCACCUCCUGCACUAUCGACUCGACUGGGUGCAAGCACGUCACCUAAAGUCCACUCACAUACAGGAGCGUACAUAAACUCAUGCAUGAAUACAGGAUGGCCCUGUCGAACAUGUAGUACUUUAACAUGUUUCACUGUGAAGCUCAUUUAGAUUAGUUGCCGAUUUUUUGAUAUGUAUUUAUUUGUUGUAUUUUUUUCUAUGAACAAACUUAGAAUAUAAUUUAUUGGUACAAAUAUGCAUGUAGUUAUGUGUCUGAAUGCAACAGAAAUUAUUGUAGUUUUUGGUAGUCACAUGGAAUUAAAUAAAUAUGAGCAUUCAAUGAGGUCAUUGAGGACUAAAACGGAGCUGCAUGGAAACCAGGACAAUGUGUACAAAUGUACAGUAUACAACAGCUAAAACAUUAAACAUUUGGUUCUGCAAGUGAAAUAAAUGAAUAAACAUGAUGUUUGGAUAUA